CGGGGUGGGAGGCCUGGAAGCGUUAGCCUAGCUGCUCUCGAGGCGGAGUAAAUUAGCCCAAGAAACAUUAUAUUCAUGCUUAGGUGGAGAAAAGCAGGGAUAAAGUUGGACCCCAAAGCCCAGAAUGGCAGGCGAGGAUGUGGGGGCUCCACCCGAUCACCUCUGGGUUCACCAAGAGGGUAUCUACCGCGACGAAUACCAGCGCACAUGGGUGGCCGUCGUGGAAGAGGAGACGAGUUUCCUAAGGGCACGAGUCCAGCAAGUUCAGGUUCCCUUAGGUGACGCAGCUAGGCCAAGUCACCUUCUUACCUCCCAACUACCUCUCAUGUGGCAACUCUACCCAGAGGAGCGCUACAUGGAUAACAACUCUCGCUUGUGGCAGAUACAGCAUCAUUUAAUGGUCAGGGGAGUUCAGGAGCUGUUGCUUAAGCUUUUGCCUGAUGAUUAACCUGGUGCUGGGAUUCUAGGAAGAUAUGCUUCUCUGUUCUGUUCAGUAUAUGGCAAUCUCUUCAUCCACCUCUACAGUGCACCCACUCUUGGGCCUGGGGGGAGGGAGUGGGUUGAAAACUGCUCGAGAACACAGACGUUUAGGAAGGGUCAUGAAGAACACUGCAAGUGACACUGCAGAGGGAGAGUUACACAGGCAGAAAGUGAGUCAACAAAAGCACUUAGUCAGGACACAUAACUUGAAGUUGACUCCUUUGGAAAUUGCCAUAGAACCUUUAAUGGACAUCACCGGCUGGAACUGGGGUCUGAUGAAUCCCACAAAAGUCAGCACGUGCUACAGAACAGAUGCCCUGAUCACCAAGGACUUGGUACUGAUUUAGAGAGAAGAGAGCAGCUCCUAGCAGCAUCAACAUCUAUUUGUCAUUUAUUUGCCCUACAGAAAUUCACCUGCCUUUCCUUCUCCCACCCUGUAAAUAUCCUAGGUUUGGCUCCAGUGUUUCCCAUCCCAGUACUGACCUAAUUUGGAUCUAUUGAGAAAUUUACAGGGAUCUUAGGGGGAAAGAGUUAUUUGUAUGAUGAAAUUAGUUACAAAGACUCCUAGGCCUCUUUUCUUCCUGAAAAUGUGUCUUCAGAUUAUUAGAAGUUAGUUGCUGAUCAAAAUUGUGGGCACUUAAAAUUUCUUCUUUAGUAACAAUACUUCAAAUAAUGUGGUUUUCCUAAGAGCUCCAAAAAUUACUUUAGCUGCUUAGUUGGGACUUUUCUCAGGAAGUAAUGGCACCAAAUAUUGUUGAUUCCUAGGAAAGCAUUUACUACCAGUAAAGGAUUUUCUGAGUUAACCAUAACAUUUAUAUACAUUAAGGUUUUACUUUUUAAGACAAGUCUUGAACUAGGCAUGGUAACCUGUAGUGCUAGCUACGGGAGGCUAAAGUAAGAAUAUUGCUUGAGCCCACAGUUCAAGGCCAGCCUGAGUAACAUACAUAGUGAGACCUCAUUUUUUAAAUGUUUUGAGAAUAACAGCUACCAUGUAUUGAGUCCUUACUGCUUUCCAGGCACUGUACUACACACUUUACUUUUUCAUAUUUAGUUCUUCCAUCAAGGCUUUGAG